GCGGCUUAUUUAUCAGCCACAAGAGGGUUUACUCAUACUAGUCACCUUCACAUCGAGCUGAAAGAGACAGUAUAUAGACUUGUUAUACCAAAGUAAGCAGUAAUUUAAACUUCACUUAAACUAGUCUCCGUUAAAAUUGUGGAGUUGUUUAGUGCUGUGAAACUUGUGAAACCUGUGGGCGGUGAGAACUGGACGGGCAAGUAACCCAACUAACAACUGUAUAUGAAUGUAAAGAGGGGAAGCUACAGAAGAAACGACAACCCGCGGAUAUGGCACAAAGAUUUCGCGUUUAAAUGUCAAGUUUGGACUGACAGACACGAUAAAUGUUUAUGGUUAAAAUGAAUGGAAGCGCGUGAUUAGACGCAGCGCAACAGAGAUAUGGACAUAACAGAUUCUUUGCAUUCUCAACUAAGAAAACCUGCCAGUCUUGUACAAUAAACACAACUGCCUUUGCCAGAUCCCUGCCUCUGGGGUCGGGUUCAAAGGCAAAGCAGUCCGAGCAUGCUUUCAAACAAGUCCUGUGAGAACAUCACUCGGAUAGACGUGAACGGCAACCCGGUGAUGAGCACUAUCAUGUUCAUCGCUGGUGUGGUUGGCAACCUGGUGGCCUUGGCCAUCCUGGGUGUGCACCAAAAAGAGCGUCGCACCAAGACCUCUGUCUUUUGCAUUCUCGUGACAGGCCUCGCUCUGACAGAUCUGUUGGGAACGUGUUUACUCAGCCCACCUGUUUUUGUUUGCUACGCUCAAAGCCUAUCCCUGGUGGGUCUUACGGGAAAUCGGUGGCUGUGUGAACUCUUCGCCUUUGCCAUGACCUUCUUCGGUCUCGCUUCGAUGCUGAUACUGUGCGCGAUGGCAGUCGAACGAUGCCUCGCUAUAAGUCACCCAUAUUUUUACUCCAAACACGUACGGAGAAGCUUUGCAAAGGUUGCACUGUUCCUCAUAUAUCUCUUCACCUUUGUUUUCUGCUUGCUGCCUUUCUUUGGAUAUGGACGACACAAGCAGUACUGUCCUGGGACAUGGUGUUUUAUCAAGAUGGAGGCAGAAGGCGAAGGCGAAGAUGAGGAGCGGAGGACUCUGGCUUUUUCGCUCUCCUAUUCAGUGCUGAUGGCACUUUUAAUCGCUAUAGUUUUCUUGUGCAACGGUUCGGUUAUUGUUAGCCUCUGCCGUAUGCACCGGAGUCAGUUGAAUCGACGGGGUUCGGUGGUGUCGGCUGGACGCAAGAGGAGGCUAAGCACUUGGUUUGGACAGGGAGAAGAAGAGAUGGACCAUCUGGUACUGCUUGCAUUCAUGACCUUGAUCUUCGUCAUUUGCUCCUUGCCUCUGACUAUCUGUGGUUUCUUGAAUGCCAUCAGUCCGGUGGGCAACGAUCGGCAAAACCUCGCGGCGUUCCGCUUCUCUGCUAGUAACCCCAUCCUGGAUCCUUGGAUCUUCAUCAUCUUUCGUAAGACAGUCUUUAAACACCUCAGAUCCUUCUUCCGCUGUCGUUUUCCCAAAGAUGCAGUAAAGACCCCCACUCAGAACGCCCUGUCUGCCCCGUUGGAAGCAGGAGACACCAGUCACAGCACCGGCAUACAGAGCAAGAUCUACUGUAGCCUCCCACAGUGAGAUCUUGAAGAUAUAAAGACAAAAUGACAAUGUGCACUAAAAGAGUCAAGGGGAUUGGGCUUUAUUUGGUUAAGCCUGAAAAAAGACAGUAUGAAUGUAUCUAGUGGUAGAAACACCAAGAAUGACAGCAAAAAUGGACAAAUGGACGCAGUUUCAUGAAAUGGAAAGCAAAAGACUUUGUAAAUAUGAACUAAAGUUUAUGCAUAAGCAGGUGAAAAUCCCUAGAUGUGUGUAUGUGAGCUUGCUAAAAUAACCGAAAUGUGUAAAAAAAAACAACUAAGCAAAUUUGAGGAUGUGGCACAUACCGAAAACCACAUGCAUACCCAAAACAGAAGUGUGUACAGAUGUUCACAUAGUCUGCAGUUUAUCAGCAUUGAGAAACAUCUAACAUCAGAAACUUUGAAUACCAAUUAAAAUCCUAAGAAAUAAAAUGUACUCAUGUGGUUCCAAUCUGUUAAGAUGCAGUAGUUCAGAUUUUGAGGAAUUGUGAUGCUGCUAUUUUUACAUACAAUGAAAGUGAAUGCAGACCACAUUACGUGUGGAUUUGAAAUGACAUGAGGUUGAGUAAUGAAGGACAUUUUUAAGUGUACUGUCCCUUUAAGAAAAGAGGAAAGUCUCUGUGUACUGCAGAACUGUCAAAUAUAUCAACAUGUUGAAGUGUCAGACACAUCAAACGUACAGUACAGUAAUAUAACCAUGCUAUAGGGGUGGUAAUGCAGUGCUCUCUGCUAUAACAUUUAAAGGCUUUUCACACUACAUUUGAACAUAGGGUCACAUCUGUAUCCGUGGGCCAUUUAUAACUCUCAAAGUGGUUAGCACCCUUUAUAAACAACAGCACUGAAUAACAAUCGAAAGUGUAAAAAGCCUACACUUGUAAAAUGAAGGGGCUUAAAAGGUUAUUUACAGCGAUGCCAUAGAAAAAACAAUUCUUAUAUAACCUAAAAAAUCUUAUUCCACCUAACUUUUUGUGAAACAGAAAUGUUGAUCAGAUGUUAAAGGUGUAAUGUGGGUUUCAGCGACAUCUAGCGGUGAGAUUGCAAAUUACAACUAACCUCAAUUUCGAAACGCAACGAGAAGCUACGUUAGUUAAAACAUGGAAUUGACUUCCAACUAAGGGUGUAGAUAAAAGCGUCUCAUUCUAAUGUAAUAAAAACAAUACAGUUCAUCAUGUAAGAGACAUCACUGAUAAUAUAGUUACGUAUUUUAAUUUGCAUUUCUGUCAAAAGAUCCUUCGAAAAGUCCCACAUUGCACCUUUAAAGGUUCUUAACGGAACCAUUCAGCCAAUAAUGGGUCUUCUAUGGCAGUGGUUCUCAAACUUUUUCGGCGUGCGGCCCCCCUUGUGUACAGUCCAUUCUUUCACGGCCCCCCGAAAGAAAAUUUAUGACAAAAACAGGUCUACAAAAUAUUAUUUUAAUUAAACAAAACAUACAAAAUUAUACCUAGUAGUGCUGUUGGUUAGUUGGCUUAUUAUUUGUUAGGUUUAAUUACACAGAAUUCAUGAUAAAUGAAUGUAUCUUAUAAAAUGUCAUAAAACUGGGGCCCCCCUGGCACCAUCUCACGGCCCCCAGUUUGAAAACCACUGUUCUAUGGCAUUGUGAAGCACCUUUAUUUUUAAGAGUGUAUUAGUUACUAAAUUAGUUUUACUUUAUAUUUGAGUCAUGCUGUAUUUGAUCAUUUUCCUCAGAUAAAUAUAGCAGAAUGGUUCACAAACCCUAAAUAAUUGCUCAGCAAUGGUAAGUGUUUAAGUUCUACAACCUUAAUAGAGUUUUUCAAGUUAAGAUGUUUUUCGAAGUGGGCAUUUUUGUGAAAAUGUAAAAAUCACAUUUCAGUUUGUAUUUAAUGAUGGCACACAAGUAUGUCUACUUGAUAGAAUUAUGAUUUUAUUUAAAUAAUCAAAUCAUAAGGCUUUGUAUAGUGUACAGUACAGUUAUAAGAAUGUAUGUAUAGAUAUAAAAAGUUUGCAAUGCAAUGCAUGCUUGCUCUCAUAACCGCUCUCAAAGCUAUUGCGAUCGUCCCAAAUAUUUAACACAGAACUGUGGAUAUCCGACUUUAGAUAGGUUACAUAUGCUGCUAUCUGCUAUAUUUCAGCAUAUUCACACCCUUACUUAACUACACUCGCUAGCCAAAAUGCUAAAUGUAUAAAAGGUGGCACUCAGUCCUGAGCUAAUCUCUUUAAUACAUAAUGUUAUUACCUACAUGUGCACAAUUUGCGUGACUUACCCAGUAUAGGCGGUUUUAGCAGCAACAACAUAAACAAACGGCUUUUGUGGACCAAACUUAAGUUUUUUUCUGAUAACAAAGCAAAAUACAUAAGCAGUAAAUUACAUUAGUUCAAAUCAUAGCUAAAGUGUAUCAGCCAUUACACUGAGUUAACAUUAACUCUUUCCCCGCCAUUGACAAGUUAUCUCGUCAAUUUAGAGACAACAUUUCCCUACCAAUGACGGUUUCCUGACAAUUUUUUUACGGUAAUCUGUAAUUCCCCUAUUAUCCACUAGAUGGAUAAUAAACUAAAGCAAAAAAAUUUUUUCAACAUUUAAAACUGUGUGUUUUGAUAACCGUUCUGAAUCUGAUCUCUAACAAAAUUGAACAACGUUUUGUUUAUUUGUUUGUUUGAAAGCAAAGGGUCUUUUCUUUCAUUUGAUAAAUAUAUACAUAGUAUGUUUGUUUAUUUAUAGAAGAAAAUUUUCCUGGAAGGCAUUUUGUGAAACUUUUGUGAAAAUUAAGAGAACAUCAAAAAAAGAACAAAACACGAGACAACCAGCACACAACAACAAAAGGGCAAUAGUUAAUGAAUAGGUAGCAAAUAAAUGUGUAAACACGCCGCGAGAGACGACUGACUGUGGGUUCACACUAGCCACGUUUGAAGCGUCAAAUUCACAUCUACCGCGUCUAGGUUGCCGCUUGAACAUUUUAACAGUACAUUCACACGGGGCGUAAGCGUAAACGCUUCCCAUUCACUUUUAAUGGGUGACGUCAUGCGUUGCCGAAGUGAAUUGUGGAUCCGUCAGUGCCGCGCCAGGGCCUUGCUCGCGGCAGAAGUCGAACAUUUCUCAACUUUUCAAGCGGCAACGCGUGCGUCAGCCAAUCAGACGUUAUGCAAAUAAUCUAGGCAGAGAGCCAGCCAAUUACAUUUAUGGAAGACCGGAGCACGUGUAGCGGCCACUGUGAUUGGCUGUUGGCCACACUUCAGACAAGCCUUCCGUCAAGCGUUAACGCUUUCGCAACGUGUGAAUGCGCCGUGUGUUUACUCACAUCAUUUGCGCGUGAAAUUAUAGUCAUCGAGACAUUCACGCGGAAAUUCACGUCAUGUGACUCUGCUCGCUUCCUGUAAUCACGUCACUACUAGAGCAAGCUCCUGAUUGGUUAACGCGGCAUGUUUUUCCGCCAAAGUUAAAAUUUUUCAACUUGCCCAUUUGCGCGUACUACACGCGUGAAUGAGGCGGAAUCACAUCUACCGUGCCGCGCUAAACGGCUCAUUUGCGCUGUGAGACCUCCAGACGCGCGUCAAUGCGUCUUUACAUUGAAAUCACUCACGCUUCACGCCUCUACCGCAGCUGGUCUGAACGCAGCAUGAUUGGCACUUGUUCUGGCGUCCUUUUAAAACUGUCGAAUAAUGUGGAUUGGUAGGGUGGAAUGUGACGUCAUUUACAGUAUAAAGUCGGGAGAUUGACAUCUGAAUGGACCAAUAGGACAACAGGAUGGAUCUGGGACGGGAUAGUGAAGAGAGAGAGCGAGAGAGAAGAAACAAAACAGAGAUUCACACAGACGUAACAGGUGGGAGCUGUGCAUAUUCUGCUGAUAUGUAUUUAUAGAAUGUGUUCGCAUCUGUGUGCUACUACAGUCAAGACUCUGUCAUAAUAUUUAAUAAAGUCAUUCUUAAGAAACAAAGCCAAUUGUACGGGAAAGUUUAAGGAUACAUUGUAUUUGUUUUAAAACAACCGCUAAGUAAUCACAACUUGCACCCAAAGUACCAGACUUUACAUACAAUACCAUACAGACUGUGUAUAUGUGGGAGGGGUCAAAAGAUUUACUUCAACUAAAGUAUCAUCCCUAAUGCUAAAUAAUAUGUAUAUAUUCUUACAAGCCAAUGUAGUUCUCUCAGAAGUUUGUAAUGGGAACACAUAAAACACAAAUAUCCUAAACCACUAACGGUGUCUAUGAGACCUAACAUUUUAUUACAGGAUAAACAAACUAAGUGAUUGGUGUUUUUCAUGUUCAUAACCUAACCGGUUUGACAUUUACUGUAUCAUGCAGUGCUAGUGUAAAGUUCCUCUCUUUCCCAUCAUGUGUGAUGAAAAUGUGCUGUUUGCAUGCGUGUUAUAAAUUUGACACUCUAUGAUGUGAUAUGAUAUUUUUGUAAAUUGCUGUAUUGUUGAACCAAGUUUCUUUGCACAGUUUACAGUUUAUAGUACUUCAAAUAUUGUUCAAUUGCACUUUGCAGUUUAAGUUUCCUGCUAUUGCAACGCUAGUAAAGAAAACAACACCCUCUCCAAACAAACAAAGUGUCUUUGUCGAUUACUCAGAACCAAAAUGUUAUGCAACAAAUUAAUUAUUUAAAAGGAAAUGAGAGGGUUUAUGCAGGUUGUUUUUAAAUCAGUGCUGCCCUGAACAAGCUAUAGAAAAAUGUUACACUAAUCAUCCUGUUCACAUACACACUCACCUAAAGGAUUAUUAGGAACACCUGUUCAAUUUCUCAUUAAUGCAAUUAUCUAAUCAACCAAUCACAUGGCAGUUGCUUCAAUGCAUUUAGGGGUGUGGUCCUGGUCAAGACAAUCUCCUGAACUCCAAACUGAAUGUCAGAAUGGGAAAGAAAGGUGAUUUAUGCAAUUUUGAGCGUGGCGUGG